AUGAAGAUUUUUUUGAGUUUAACGGUGUUAUCACUGGUCGGGCUAGCGUUCGGCGCUCCCACCUCUAGCGAUGAAGACGAAGUACUCGUUAUCACGAAGGACUUUUUCUCCAAAGAUUCUAUCAUAUACUCAGGUAAACAUAAAAUCGUAAACUUAAUGGUACCUCUGAACGGCCUGAACCAUGAGCAUGAUAACAGUGACUCAUCCGAAUACAAUCCUAAUUCCAACGAAAUAGAUCUUAAUACUUUACUAUUCUUCGUUGAGGCUGAUGUCGAUUCAAAUGGCAAUCGUGUGGACCGAGGUCUCUAUGUAAUGAGAGAUGGAAAGGCAACUAAGAUCUUAGAACAUGGUAGAGAUGCAGCUGCAUCAAGGGACGACAGUAACUUAGCCUUCUUUGGAGCUAAAGAUGGAAUUUACGUUUAUGAUUAUGCAAAUAAUUCCGCUAAUAAAUAUGGUACAAUCGACUACAGUAUAAUAGGUAUCGGCAAAGAGGACACUGGUGAUGUCAUCUACAUUCUGACAGAGAAUCAUGAAAUGUUCAAAGUAUCGAACGGUGGAAUGAGAAAAGAAAAAAUAAACGACGUAGUUGACGCGAGACAAUUCGUCCUAGAUUUAUCAAACAAUAUAUACUUUUACACGGACGAUAAGCAAGCAUACGUUCGAACAAUUAAUGGUGUAAAAAAUGUUGAAGGUCUUCCACGAAAUCCGAGCAGCGUAACUCUUAUCAAACCACCUGUAUUGAUGUAUGAAGAUGCAGUUCCUUUCGUUGUCGAUAACAGGUUAUAUUUUAUCUUCGCUAAUGGUACAAGUAAAUACUUUAAAACUAUAUUCGAACCUAAAGCGAAACCUUCGGCAUACGCUCCAGAUGGAUUCUUGAUACAGUAUUAUGCAUAUAAUAAGAAGAUCUAUGAAUUCAAUCUCAUCGCUAAGUUUUACGACCAGAUGACAAGUUCUCUAGAUAAAUUAAUAUAUGACAAUAUGGAUAAAAUACAAUCAGCUGCAAACAAAUCACAACGGCCGCGUCAGCGUCAACGCGUUUAA